ACAAUUAGAAGGAGAGAAAACUCUUAAUUAUUACGAUAUAACUAAAGGAUGCACUUUACAUUUAGUUUUGAAUCUUCUUGGUGGCGGAAAUGUUGUAAGUUUUUUGAGUACAAAUUUUUUAGAACCGAGCUUUGAUUACGAUUUUACAAAUAUUGAUGACAAAAACGCGACAUUUACUCGUGGAAAUGUAUUAUAUCAAAGACCGUGUGGAUGGAGACGUUUUGCCCUAAAGGUUUCUGGAAAAUACGAUAAUGGUAAUGAUGGAUGGCUUGGUACUGAUGCAAACGCCUGGCCUGUAUCAUACCAUGGUACCAGUAAAAAUAAUUCAAAGUCGAUUUCAGAAGAAGGGUUUUUAUUAAGUAAAGGAUUGCAUUUUGCUUAUGGACAUGGCAUUUAUUCAUCACCUGAAAUGGGUGUUGCUCAACGAUUUGCUAAAGAAUUUGAGUACGAUGGAGAUAAAUAUUUGGUAGUUAUCCAAAAUCGUGUGAAUCCCGUUGAUUUGCAGAAAAUUCCGAAGGAUAGAACAAAA